AAGCCGUCUCGGCGCAUAUAAAGCGCUGCCGUCGGGCCGGGCCGCGCCGCUCGCUCCCGGGACCCUGUGCCACCCGCCCGCCGCCGGCCCUGCCUCCCUCCCUCCCGUCCGCCGCCGCCGCGACAUGGCCGCCGGCCGCCGCCUGCCGCUGCCCGCGCUGCUGCUGCCGCUGGCCUGCGCGGCCCUGGCCCCGCGCACGCUGACAGAGAAGCAGCGCGCCUGCCUGCUGCCCCCCGAUGACGGCCCCUGCCGCGCCCUGGUGCCGCGCUGGUACUACGACAGGUACACGCAGAGCUGCCAGGAGUUCACCUACGGGGGCUGCCACGGCAACGCCAACAACUUCCUCACCCUCGACGACUGCGAGAAGAGCUGCUGGACCAUCAAAAAAGUGCCCAAAUUAUGCCGGUUGGAGGCUGACGGAGGACCUUGCAGGAGUUAUCUAAAAAGAUAUGCCUUUAACUUGAGUUCGAUGAGGUGUGAGGAGUUCAUCUACGGUGGCUGUUAUGGAAAUGGCAACAACUUCAGAGAUUUGCAGUCUUGUGUGGACCACUGUCUGCCAGAGAAAACUGGUCCCAUGCUAUGCUAUAGCCCAAAGGAUGAAGGACUGUGUUCUUCUUCUGUGCCUCGCUAUUACUAUGACAGCAAGACUAAAUCGUGUAAGGAGUUCAAAUAUACCGGCUGUGGUGGAAAUGCCAAUAACUUUGUUACUGAAACAGAUUGCUACAAUGUCUGCAGAAAAGGGACUCAGAAACCAAGAAUCAACAAGCCAGCUAAUGUAUUCCGCAGAAAAAUGAUGAGAAAACUGACUAAAAAACCUCAGACGUAUAACCUGAAGUCUUAAAGCUGAUGUGCACUUGGAUGUUUGAACUACCUUGUUUUGAUUCCACUUUCUUCUUUUGUAAAAUAGUUUCCACACAGUUUUAUAUGCCGUCAGUUCUGUCUUUUCAGAACUGCUUUUUAUUUCCAACUUACCUUUUAUAAAGAACUACAUCUAAUAGAAGAAGAAUGAACCUAAGUUUGGUUCUUCCAGUCUGUUGUCUUUGCAGUAAUACUUUGGCAAAGCCAGGUAAUAAGAUUUCCGUGUUUUUUAUUAGGGGAAUGUUACUACUGCCUGGGGAGAAUAUUUCAGCUGUUACAAACCAAUUAAGAUUUGCAAGAUCAAUCUUCUCUAAGUAUAACUAAGGAGAGUACAAAGCUAAAUCUCUGCCAUAGAUUUUUUUGUCAUUCUCUUUCAAAAAUGGGUUCAGAAGUUUAUUGCCCUGCCAUUUUACAGACUUUGGCACUAUCAUUUAAGUAGACUGCCCUUUACAGUUAUGUUCAUAGUCAAGGCUUUCAGAAACCUUCAUAAUAGUAAAAGAAGUGUAAACUUAAAUCUGACUCAUCCCACGAGAGAAGACUGGGAAUAGGGUUACUUUGAAAAUGUAGCCAUUACUUUUUCACGGCAUUUGAAAUUUCUGCUAAGUUACACUCCAGAUUCUCGUAUGGCACAGAUCAGCACAUUUUUAAUGAUUUUAAUGGAGCUACACCGAUUACAUCUGCACAGGAUCUUGAUAUUUGUGUUUAUGUGGUGGCUGCUAAAGCAGAAAAGCUGAAGUUUCUGCAAACCUCAUGUAAUCCCUCUUUUGAGGCACUAUGGUAUAUCUUAUGAUAGAUUAAGCCUAUGGUGAUAUUAUUGCACUGUCUUGUACGUUUCAUAUUUGAGCCACGUCUGAAUUUCAAUUACUUUCACCUACAAUACUUUCUAAAUAUAAAUUCAUAAGUAAUGUUAAUAAAAUGUUUUUUGGGAAAAAA